UUUCCUUUUCAAGUUCAUUCUCGCAUACUUAGAAAAAAAUAAACCUUUUGAUAUUUUUUGUAUGUCUUAAAACAGACUCAAAAGUUUAACUUAUAACGAGUGUACAACACGUGUUCUCGAUGGUAUUCGAUGACAAUGGUUUGACAGAAACCCAAAACAUGUAAACAAAUCGAAGAAAACACAGGUUGCUAUAAACGCCAUAAUCUGAAACGGAGAGAGAGAAAAAUAACAUUCAGGGAGGAUGGCAGCUGCUGUUGAAAAUGACAUAGAAGAAUUUAUUCAAAAUCAGAAAGCAAAACUACAACAGGAAAGGCAGUACCUGUCGGAGAAGGAAAGAAAUGAUGAGAGGGCAGGACGUAGGCAAUGGGAACGACCAAUCGAAGCAAAUUAUGCUAAUGAGAGGGUAAGAUCUGAUCCAGAUGGACUACCUCUUACAAAUGAAAAAGCAAAUUCAAAACAGCAACAGUUGAGAGAUGAAAGAAAAAGAGAAUAUAAUGAGUUUUUAAAAGAGAAACAGAAUAAGACAGGCUCUAAAAUACCUGGAAGUAAGGAAGUCCCAAAUAUUGCACAAAAUAAUGAGCAAAAGGGAGGGAAUCCUCAGAGAGAUGGGGGGCUCCCAGUUCAGAAAGAGGCUGGCCCUGAUAGCAGUAAUAUUCCUCAGCAUCAGAAGGGAGGCCAUCAGUCGAGCCCUAGGAGACCUGAGAUAGAUUAUAAUGAAAUCGAGCGAAAUUUUCAGGACCAGAGGAGGAGAGAAUAUAAUGAAUUUCUUAAUCGGCCCAAAUUUAAAAAGGCCCCAACACCUCCUCAAUCAGGGAUGAAGUUUGGAGAGUUUGAAGAUUUUAAGAAGAGGGUGGAACAACAGCGUAAAGAAGAGUAUAGAGAGGAGUUAGAAAAGCAAGCUUUAGAGCAGGCAAUAACCAGGGCCAGAGGAAAUGUGGACAUUAGUAUACCCAGACAUGCUCAACUCGUGUCUCCAGAUUACAAUAAGAUAUCUCAGGAAAAACAGAGGCGGGACCUCCGAGAUAAAAUGGUGGAGGAGAAGCGAAUCCAAGAAUUCGAGAGAAUGUUACAUGUGCAUCAUGACGACAGACAUAUAGAACAGGAAAAAGAUAGAAUGAUAGAAGCUUAUCCAUUGAGAGAACAAGAUAUACAAGCCUUGUUUCAAAGACAGAGAGAGGAAAAAGAGAGGGCUAAAGAGAUAGCAGAACGAGAAAAAGAAAUUGAAAGAAAACAAUCAGAAUUUCAGAGAAAACUGGAUGAUAAUCUUAUAAGAGAUAGGGGGGACUAUGGUUACCAGGGAAGAAAUGCACCUCUAUCUGAACUUCCACCCCCAGGGCGAAGGAAUGACCAGUACGACACCCGAAGACUGCAGUCAGAAUAUGCCCCUCCCCCUAGGAACGACGACUACUCCCCGAGGAGGGAGGAGAACGACAGAUUCGUGGACAGAUUACAUCAGCGAUACGAGGACGAGAGACGAAAUGAUUACCAGAAUUACGUACAACAGUCUGAGUCAGAGCCUCCUUUCAGUCAUAGACUGGGGGGAUAUGAAACACACAGAGAGAAGCUGAAAUCAGAGAGAAUCCAGGAAACUCGCCAGCAUCUGGAAGAGAAAAAUGCACAAGCCAUGAACCGUAGCUGGAAUGAUCCAGAGGACAUAGACAGUGGCCUCCCUUUAUCUAAUGACUUUAAACGCAAACAGCAACAGGAAGCCGAGAGAAAUCGAGAAUAUAAUGAGUUUCUUAAAAAGAAAUUUAAUAAAAACAAACCCCCUGCAGGGAGGCAGAGGGGGUCAAAUCUGUCGCUUGGAGGAUACGAAGAUGAGAAGAAAAAAUUGCAACAGGAACGUCAGAGAGAGUAUCGAGAGUUGAUGGACAAGCAUGUGUACUAUUACUCCACGAAGAGAGUGGACCAAAACAAACUGCCGUCCCUGCGUAAUGAUGCCAAGGUCAGGAAACACCCGCUGGUUAUUUAUAGGGAGCAGGUUAACGAGUUAUUAAAGUCUCUUGACGAGAUCUCAGGCAGUGAGGUACCAGAAUUUAUUCUCAGACAAUACAUUAAGAAAAUCAAACAAAAAAAAGAUUUGAUCGAGGAAAAUUAUCAACUGCAGCUUCAGAAGGAACAAGAGAGAGGUAGAGGAAGGCGGGCCGAGCAGGCUAGAGCUAGAUCUCCCGACGAUUUCCUCUCCGGCAUCGGAAGGCACCAGGAGGAGAGAGAGAAACUAAACACUGAGAGAAAGAAAGAAUACAACCACAUGCUAGCUGAGGAAGCACCAAGGCGAGGCAGGCCCAGAGACCCACCAGUGGAGCCAGAGGAUAUACCUCCAAAGGAUACAGAUUCAUUUGAGGCAAGUCUUCGUGGGAUAAGAUCACAUGAGUCUGCAGAGAUCAGGAAAAAACAGUCCCGGAACGAGGAAUACAAUGAGUUUCUUAAACAAAAACGAGAACAGGAAAAACACAGAUAUGACAGACAGAAAUAUGGAGAGAGUGCAAGAAGUAUAUUAAGAAAUCGACCCUCGUCUGAGCCCCAGCCCAGAGAUGGAAUCUAUGCCACACUGCCAGGAUUACAUUAUAAUGGCUCUGCAGAGAAAAGAAAAGUUGAAGCUAGGAAUCAAGAAUACAACACUUUUCUACGAAACAGUCAGGAAAACCUGUCUAGACGAGGGGGAGGUAAUAAGGCCCCGUCUAAUCCCCGGAGGGGCUGGCAAUCCCCGGGGUACGAGGAGGAUCGCAGACGUAGAGACGAGCCACAAUACAGGAGGGAGGAUCCCCAGAGAGGGAUGAAGGCCUACGCCAGUGAUGGAGCAAUCAACAGAGCGGGUAAUGAUCGACGAUACAAUGACGAGGACAGGGAUGGCGACAGGCCAGGAAGGUAUAGAUCUGAUCGCAAUCGAAGUAAAGGUGUGUUGGAUGACGAUAACUGGUUAUCGGGGAGACGGGAAGUGGAGGACGAAUACCAAGACCUGGAGCCGGAGCCCCCACGUCAGCGUCCUGGUGCUAUUUCUAACAGAUCUGGUCCAUCAGACAAAGAAGACAUGGCCAGGGCUAACUAUUUUGCCACGCUGCCCGUAGGUGUAAAAUCAGGUGCCAAUGAGAGAGAUAGUGCUAAUGCUCGUAAAAAAGCUCGCUAUAGGGAGGAGCUACAGCUACAGAUGAGAGAGGCUAAGGCGGCUCGCAGAAGGGAGAAAGUCGAGGAACUACGAGUGAAUGCGUCAGGUCUGCUAGAUCCAGAGAAAACUUCCAGGAGACUUCGGCACUUAGGUGACCCUAACCCCUCACCCCGGCGGAACAUACGAAGCCCAGAGGUCAAACCAUACCACACAAGAUUUGACCUUAGUCCCAGAGGUCAAGGCUAUGAGCCAGAGAGUAGUGGAGGCUAUACCCCACGAGAACGUGGGCGCCCACGAGAAAGACGGUCACGAGACACAAUCCUGGAUGUUGGAUUUGACGGAUUGUUGGAUCAGCCGAGAAGAGGGGGAGCAUCACAGCUUCCCCCUGGACUACAGUAUCAGCCAUCAUUUUUAGAUUAUUCCAAUAUAGACAGAUUUGCAGAUCCAAACAUCGAGCCUACAAGGACCUACGUGACAGGAGGGGGUACAGGGGGCCUGAAUCAGCCCUACAGCUCCAUUGACGAGGCCUACCAUUACUACGGCAUGAAAAAUCCACUGGAGCCGGACAACAACAGCCAGCCCCCACCACUGGACCUAGGAGGAGGCUUUGAUCGACCUUACCAGGGCAAGCGGUCUCCCAGGGUCACCUUUGACGAAUCCUCUUUUGAGAGUUAUAAAGAUGGCAAUGCACAAAAAUAUGGGAAAAAAGAUGAGAAAGUACAAACUCGAGAACAAAAAGAUGAGAUUGUACAAACGAUUGAGUUAACUGUCCCACCUCCUGCGUUAGAGAUCACCAUACCUCCACCAACAACUUCAGCCCGGGCACGAGACAGGAGUAGAGAACGUAUAUCUCCGUACCAGUUCCCAAGUGACGAAGAAAUCCGCAGUCGGUCACAGAAUGAUAAACGCUCAUAUCAGGAAGAACUGGACAGACAGAUUGAAGAAAAACGUUUAAGAAAACAGCGAGAAAGAGAAGAACAGCUGAGAUAUGAGCAGAAAUUGGAUGAUGAGAUUAGAAACUAUAAUCCAUUUGGUAAAGGCGGAGGUGGUGCACCCAUGAGAGAUAACCAGGGAAAUAUUGUCGCUGAUUUGAGAGUGCUGCAUUCCACCAAUCAGGACCCAGAUACGGCUCGGUCACGUGUGACUCGGGAGUCCCCCAGAUUUAGAGCUCCGUCCCCCUCCCCCAGAGACGACCUGAUUGGUCCCCCGCCCCCACAGCUUGAUGCUUCAGGAGAUGUCACUCAUGCUAGAGGGGGACAUGGAAUCUUUGGUCAGCCCAAGACAGAACAAGAAAAGAAUCAAUCAGACAAAUACAAAGAUGAUCUCAGAAGACAGAUUGAAGAGAAAAAGAGGAGAGAACAGAUUGAAAAAGAGAAAGAGAGGAUAGAAGAAGAAAAGGAAAACCGAAGACUUGAAGAACAGAGACUCCGAAUACAGAGUGAAUACGAAGAAGAACAGCGGAAAAAGAGGGAGAAAGAGGAAGAGACAAGAAGAAGAAAUGAAGAGAUGCAACAACAAGCUGAGGAAAAGAAGAGGGAGGCAAAGAGGAAAAAACAGGAGGAGGAUGAAAAGCGUUCCAAGGAAAAACGGGAACAGGAAGAACGGGAAAGGCGGGAAAGACAGGAACAGCGGGGGUCGUCUCCCCCUGUCCCAGCCAUGAGAAAUGCUGGCCAGAAAGACUACUCGGAUGACAAAACUACCCCAGAACCACCCAAAUCACCAGAAAAAGGGACAUCAGAUGACACACGAAAUUCUCCACCGAUCCCAGCCUUACGGAAAGACCCACCCCCAGACGAGUCUUCAAGACCCCCACCUCAGCCUUUGUCCAGAGCCAACAGUUCAGACGUCCUUAAGGAGCUGGCGUCUAUGAGGAAACAGCUACAGAGUGAGAGGAAGCGAGUGGAGAAUGCUCUGGAAACACAGAGGAAUGAACCUGAUGUUUUUGAUCCAAGAACAGUGCAAAGACCUCCUCCGAAGGAAAUUGACGUGUUUGAGAGGGCCAGACUCGGGGAGCCCGCCCCAGUCCGAGCCAAUGAAAACCUUAAUCCACGAAAUAUACAGGAAUUCAAUGAGCUCAAAUACAAAAAUGACACAGAAUCCAGAAAGGCCUUCCGCAGCAUGUUUCCAGACGCUCCCACAUCUAACGAGACACUGGAAGCUCAGCAGGACGCUCUGCUCAGACACCAGGAGGACACACUCAAGUCCAUGAAGGAACAAAGAUACACACCAACCAAUUACAACACAUGGAAAGGACGGCGAUCUGACAGAAGUCUCGGUGCACCGCCCAUGACAACACGGCAGGGCACUGUGAGCCCACGCUCCAUGCUCAACUCAAACAGUGCAUUUAUAGAUGUGGAUGGACUUAACCAUUUCCCUGAUGACUUUGAGGAUCUACCUAAGAGAAAUGAGUCGGCUCGCAACCGAAGACGAGAAAGAAUCGCACUAAGUCCAAGAGUGGAUAGUGUAGGAUAUAAUCCACCUGAGAGUCAACCUUUAAAUCCGUUUGGAUCAACGACAAGUCUGGAUGUUGACAGGAUCCAGCGUAAAAAUGAUGCCAGACUACGACGACUGCACCAACUGAAUGCAGAUGAAGUUUCUCUGGCUGAUCCUGAUGACAUUCUGGAUAGAUUCAUGGCAAAACAGAGAUACAACAGACCACCAUCAGGCCAGACAUUACAAGAUGACACCUGGCUACGACCCGCCAGUAAGGCUAUCUGAGGACCAGGAUCAACCCAACUUGUGAAUCCCCUCCAUACUCCACAGAACAUUCCAAACUUCUUAGAGACCUUUCAAUAUGAACAUCAAUUGUUAUUUAUCUUAAGCUCUGAGGGCCUGUGCUCAGAACCAGAUGAUAAAUAUGUAAAAUAGCAUCAAUGCAAAUGUCAAAAAUAUCAGUUGUUAUGUACUUGUGUUAAAAUUUUAAUAGUGCUGUUAAGGUUGUGUGGUAUUUGUAAAUUGUGAUGGAAUUUUUUUCUUUGCCAUACUCCUGUGAAAAAUGAUAUCAGAGUUUAUGUAUCAUGUUUUAGUUAUGGCAGCCAUAUUUAUUUUAUAAAGCCGAUCUGUGAUAUAUACUAGCCUUCAGUAUAUGUGAUUUCUACUCACAUAACAUCAGCGCCCAGUUUGGAUUAGCCAGUAAAAGUUCUAGUCCUUAUUUGUAUUAUUACUUCUGCCCAAUUGUAAAAUAUUGUUAAUGUAAUAUUUUCAUUUAUAUAUUUACAUUUUAUAAAGGUUCUUUGAAAAUUUUAUGCAAAUUUCUUAAAUGCAAAAUUCAAGUGUCCAAUAUGGUUCAAGAUUACCUGGUACCUAAUUACCUUACAUCAAUUGAUUAUUCAGGUUUCGGUUUUCUCUGAAUGGUCAUGCACAUGUAAUUUAUAAAUUAUAAUAAUAAUAAUUUUUAUUCAGGUAUAGGCAUUGAACAAUGUACAUGAAUCAUGAUAAAUAAUGUCGAAACAUGACACAUUUGCUUUACAGCUGAGUCGCUGCAUACUGUUUUUGAGGGUUGUGUGGCUGGUCAUGUUUACACAUCACUAACAAAAUUGUCACAAAUUGUUGUUGAAAAAUUAGCUAUUUAUCAUCCUAAAAAAAUCUAUGAAAUAAAAAAAAGUACAUUUAAAUAAAUAAAAUAAAUUGUAUUGUUAUUUAUUGCAAAAGACGAAAAAUAAAUUUAUAGAUAUAA